CGUUAUUACAAAGUACAAAGUACUCAUCAUAGACCUCUAUUUAAUUAUUAUGUGUAUAUGAAUUAUUGAAACAAAGGCAACAAACAAAUAUAAUGGCUAGUUGUAGUAACAAUAAAGACAAUAUAAUGUUGCAAAACAGGUCUCAAGAUGUCAAAGUGCAAAUAGUGCCGGCCCAACAGAAAAAGUUGGUGCACGUUAUCAAAAGGGAAAAGGUGGACUUGUCGUUUUCGAAUUUGAGCUACACCGUUAAACAAGGAAAACAAGAAAAAGUUAUUUUGAAAAAUGUCAGCGGUAGGCUCAGAUCUGGAGAGCUUACAGCGAUUAUGGGCCCUUCGGGGGCGGGAAAGUCUACACUACUCAACAUCCUGACAGGAUAUAAAACCGACGGUACCAAAGGACAAAUCAUGAUGAACGACCAGGAAAGGGAUUUAAGCAAGUUUCGCAAACUAUCUGCUUACAUAAUGCAAGACAAUCAGCUACAUGGCAAUUUGACUGUAGACGAAGCAAUGAGCGUAGCUGCUAAGCUGAAAAUCGGCGACAAAAUGAAACACGAACAGGAAUCUGUGAUUUCAGAAAUCCUCGACACUUUGGGUCUUUUGGACCAUAGGAAAACUAUGACUAGUGGUUUGUCAGGGGGGCAAAAAAAACGCCUGUCCAUUGCAUUGGAAUUGGUUAGUAAUCCUCCUAUAAUGUUUUUUGAUGAGCCUACUAGUGGUUUGGAUUCCUCCUCUUGCUUCCAAUGUAUAUCCUUGCUUAAAACUCUAGCAAGUGGUGGUAGGACAAUUAUUUGCACUAUACAUCAACCUUCUGCGAGAUUAUUUGAAAUGUUUGACCACUUGUACACUUUGGCCGAUGGUCAAUGUGUUUACCAAGGCUCCACUGAUAGACUAGUUGAGUUCCUUGGCCAAUUAGGCCUACAAUGUCCUUCCUACCACAAUCCUGCUUCCUACAUUAUUGAAGUAGCUUGUGGUGAAUAUGGAGAACACACCAGGACAUUGGUCAACGCAAUUAAAAACGGUCAAGAAGACAUACGUGAUGGCAAAGUAGUACCUCAACUAGCCAUAACUGACGGCUUAAAUAAUUCAAACAAAUUCGCUCAUGAUAUUAAAAACACCAUUGGAUCAAUGAAAGUUGCUUCUGAGCCUGUUUACCAAGGUACUACAAUUGAAGAUGAUAAGGUUAAUGCAGAUUCAUCUCUGUUAGGCCACAUAGUUGAAACACCUACUAAGAGAUAUGGCAACAGCGAGCUGGGACAGUUUUUUAUUAUUUUGAAUAGGGCUUUGAUUUUUAGCAGAAGAGAUUGGACUUUGAUGUACUUGCGUCUCUUUGCCCACAUAUUAGUAGGAUUUCUAAUUGGGGCCCUUUACUGGCAAAUUGGCAACGAUGGCAACAAGGUACUUUCCAAUUUAGGAUUUUUGUUUUUCAACAUGCUCUUCCUUAUGUAUACUUCAAUGACGAUUACUAUAUUGUCGUUUCCGCUGGAAAUGCCUGUUUUACUCAAAGAGCAUUUCAAUAGAUGGUAUUCGCUUAGGAGUUAUUAUUUGGCCAUAACUGUUUCAGAUAUGCCUUUUCAGACAAUCUUCUGUGUUAUUUAUGUGACAAUUGUGUACUUAAUGACAGCCCAGCCUUUGGAGUUUUUCAGAUUUGGCAUGUUUUUAAGUGCUUGUCUUUUAGUGUCAUUUGUUGCGCAAAGUGUUGGUUUGGUAGUAGGAGCUGCAAUGAAUGUACAAAAUGGCGUCUUUUUAGCACCUGUAAUGUCAGUACCAUUUUUACUAUUCUCAGGCUUUUUCGUAUCCUUUGACGCAAUUCCUAUUUACUUGCGUUGGAUUACUUAUUUGUCUUACAUCAGAUAUGGGUUUGAAGGUACUGCCUUGGCUACUUACAGCUUUGACAGGCCCAAACUUCAAUGCUUUGUCAAUUAUUGUCACUUUAAAAAACCUGAAACCACUUUGGAGGAGCUGGACAUGACCGAUGCUAGUUACUUAGUCGAUGUUGUUGCUCUAGUGGUUAUAUUCUUUGUUUUAAGGGUUGCGGCUUAUCUGUUUUUGAAGUGGAAACUUAAAACUAACCGUUAGUAAACUUUGAGAAUCACAAUACAUGGUGUCAGUCUGAAAACUUGCAUGGGGUCCAAGGGGUUAUUAAUAUCAAAAUAUGGUGGUUCUAGUUCCCGCUACCCUGUAUAAUAUUUGUACCGAAUUACGUUCUUCUUACUUUAAGAUAUUCGCAUUUUAAGUUAUCAAAUUGACACCCUGUAUAAGUACUUAUUGGGUUACAAUAUCCAAAAUAUUUUAAUUUUAUCACAUUUUUUUUUUUAUACAAAAUUAUUAGGCUAAAGGGCCGGUUUAUUCACCUCUUGAUAAACUGUCAUGUAAGCUAUCUGACUGAUUUGAGUAAAAGAAUACAGGUUGUAAUAAAGUCAGAAUUUAACUAUAGUUACCAACAAGUUUAUCUGGAGAUGAAUGAAUUGGGCCUAAAGGAAUUAACCACUAAUGCAAUUAGAUAGUGAUAUUAGAAUUUAGGGGCUGUGAUUGUAAAUCAAAAACUGGUCGUUUUACUACAGACGAAAAAUUUGUUACUUGCCAGUAAAUAGUUGCCCAUACAUGACUUUUGAAAAUUUUCGGUACUCUCUCUAUUACCGUGCAACUGUACUCUAUUUUUGUAACGUUUGUACUAUAAAAUAAGGGUGAUGUGUGAUUUAUUUGGGAUAUAAUUAAUUAUACUAUGUUUAUAUAA